CCAUAUUCCUGCUCUCUUUGAACUUGUCCCCACAUUUCAUGCUGCCACGGACUUGUCCCCUUUGGAUAAAUCUCCACUAUUAUGGGUCCUUCCUUCCCAGAUAUCUGGCAGCAUUUCCAGAUUUCAGGAGAAGCUGAUAGGAUCAAACUGAACUCUUUGGAGUCAUUAUACUCCAGUCCAAGGACUCCAGCUUCUCCGAGGCCCAGCAGAGACACAUUUUCUGCGGAGGUCUUCUGAGCUGCAGGCCUCACUGAAGAGAAUGUGCAGCUUCUCAAGCAGGAAGACGUUUUGUGGCUGAGUCUAAAUGAAACAGAAGUUGCUUUGUGCACACACACACACACACACACACCCCGGAGUAGGGAAACCGUCAUUUUCCUACUCGCCCUCUGACAUCAACCACCUUCUCUGUAGCUACAGUUUCUCUGCACUCAAAUUCAUCCCUGGCAAUGAAAAAUGAGCCUCUCCCCUACCCUUGCUGCCGCCUUUCGCCUCACGCCCCCAGAGAAGAGUUUCUUCGUGUGGCAGCCGGUGAAGGUUUUUUUCCAAGUCACAUGAUCCAGGAUGCAGGGGAAGAAUCCUUCUUGGAACAGAGAUGGGCCCAGAACCGAAUGAGAUGAGGAGAGAUAGGGUGUGCUGUGGGAAGACUAUAUAAGAAUGGACCCACGGCUGCAGCAAGCACUCAACCGAGUGGCCCCUUCUCAAGACACAGCCAUGCAUGUGCCAGAAGGCUCCGUCGCCAGCCACUUGGGAACCACGAGUCGUGGUUACUUCUAUUUCACCACGACCGUGCUGGCUUUGUGUCUCGUCUUUGCUGUGGCAACCAUCAUGGUGUUGGUAGUUCAGAAGAAGGAUUCCAUUCCCAACCCACCUGGAAAAUUCCCCCUUAAAGGAGGAAAUUGCUCAGAAGACAUCUCAUGUAUACUGGAAAAGGCUCCAUUCAAGAAGUCAUGGGCCUACCUCCAAGUGUCAAAGCAUAUAAACAAAUCCAAGUUGUCUUGGAACAAAGAUGGAAUUGUCCAUGGAGUCAGCUAUCAGGAUGGGAAUCUGGUAAUCCAGUUCCCAGGUUGGUACUUCAUCAUUUGCCAACUGCAAUUUCUCGUGAAAUGCCCAGAACAUUCUGUUGACCUAAAGUUGGAGCUUCUCAUCAACAAAGAUGUCAAAAGGCAGGCGCUGGUGACAGUGUGUGAAUCUGGAGUGCAAAACAAAAACAUAUACCAAAAUCUCUCUCAGUUCUUGCUGGAGCAUCUGCAGGUCAAUACCACCAUAUCAGUCAAAGUGGAUAAAUUCCAGUAUGUGGAUACAAACACCUUUCCUCUUGAGAAUGUGUUGUCCAUCUUCUUAUAUAGUAGUUUAGACUGAACCAUUUCUCCUGGCCUUCAGGAAGAAAGCAACUCUCUACCAUACAGUAUUCAUCCAUCAAACACUUGGGCAAAAAGAAAACUCAAGACCAAGACUAAAACCACAAAGGGUAUUAAAUAACACGCUUCUCCUUCUUGUCUCUUGGGAAGAUACAGCUCCAGGGUUAAAAAAAAAAAAAAAAAGAACAGUUUUGAAUGAAGUAUCUUUCAAAUAGAAGGCAGGGAAGCAAGGCAGUGUGGUGGGAAAAGUCCCACAUAGGUAUCAGAAGUGAUGGAUUCAUGCCCUGGCCCAAUCACUAACUCACUGUAUGACCUGGAGCUAUUCCUUUCCCCUCCCUGGAACUCUGGAUCCAUGUCUGAGAAGUGAAGGGGCUGGAUAUGAAUCUAUCCAAAAUCUCUACCAUCUCAGAAGACCAGGAUCUCUCAUCCCAGACCUGUGAACUAAGAUCCCAAGCAGUGUUCUAGAAGCCCCGUAACCAAAGGAAAGGCCCUCACACCAAUAUAAAUCCAAUGAUACUAGUAGUAUCUGGCUGCAUGCCACCUCAGCACAGUCAGAAUUUGGGGACAAGACUCAUGGUACCUUGCCAAAUGAUGUGAACAGUGGGAUCUAAAAUGUAUAAAAGAAAGGACUGCCCAACUGACCAUCCUGAAUCUAAGAGGCCUCCUGGUAUUUGGAAAACCACCUGACCAGGCUUGACUCCAUUCAAGUUAAGAUUGACAGUAAGUCAAUAGCAGACACCUUUUGUUUCUUGUGGGGAAGGGCUGUGCAUUCUGCAAAUGCUCCAUCAGUGUGCAGUGGUCAUGGUGAUGCAGCCAUUUGGUCAGGCAAUAGCUGCCGUCAUUUCUCACAUGAUCUCUCUUAGGGAACCAUUUCUGUGGAGGGUUAUUAAGGCCCCAAAGUGUUGUUGAUAAAUGAUUAUGGCCCUGUAAAUGGUGAGAAGGACUUCUGAACAAUGGUAAACUCCUCUCCUGAGUUGGGUAACCAUGAGAUUUCUCUAGCUCCAUCAACCUACCUUUACAUCCAUCCAUCAUUUCCAAGGAGCACCUUAUCUGUUUGAAAGAAGGACCAUUCAGCUUGAAGUAUAAAUCCUCAGAAUUUAUGCUUCAGAAGAAAAAAGGGACCCUUAACUGCCAUGCAAAAGACUGGAGCAAAAUUUGCAUUUUUCUCAAAAAAAGAGGAGGGAAAAGAAAAAUGUAGGAAGUCGGGUGCAUUUGUCAGAGAAAGACUAGAAAAAAGUGUAAAAGAAGAAAGAAAAAAAAAAGACCCAGUCUUGUUGGUAUGGAUGAGAAAGAAUUGGAAAAACAAAAUAGCUAGGGAAAAAAUUUAAGUCAUUUGCUGAGCAGCAUAGUAUGUUAACCUCCUCUUCGGCCUCCUCUAUGAAAUAUUCAGUAAAGUCUACAUUUCUCAUAACACUUUCUAUGAGUAGAUUCUUUGGGAGGAGCGGGCAUUAGAAGUUUUGAAUUGAGCAAGCCAAGUAUGUUGCAAACACAGAGACAGGUUUUGAGGACCCAAAACUAGCAAGUAAGGGGGUAUGUGGCAUUUGAGUUAUACUCUAACUCAGAAGGACAAAUGAACCUUGUUUAAGCCAACUCAUGCAUUCUUGAAAAGGUAUCUCCAAUCUAAGCUUGUAUAAACUAAGGAAAUUUUCUACUGUCUCAUACUCAAACUUCAGAAAGAAUCCCAUUCCUUCUCUGAGCAGAAACACCUGACUUUUGCACUUGAGUGAUUCCUACUCUCAAUCUCUGUCAAGCAAUGCUCUGAAAGCCAACAGCUGAAGACACAGGACAUUUAAAGCAGUUCUGUAGCAAGACAAAAAAAGGUAAUCAUUAGCAACUCAACUGAAAAUAAUAGGGAGUGGAUAACCUGGAAAGUUUAAAACUAGAUUCUCUUACUCUUUGAGGGUUAACCAGCCCUUGGGAAUGUGGUAGUAUCUAUGCAAAUAAAAUAAAUAAUUUCUCUAACUGGGAACCCAAGCUACCCGAAACAUAUGUCCCCUUGGGCAAAACCCAACUGGAGCUGACACACACACACACACACACACACACACACACACACACACAGUAUACAUGCGGAACUUGUAUAGAAGGAUGAUGUGUGAGUUGAUAAGAAACUAUCAGUGUAGAUGUGUUCCUACCCUUGAGAAAUUUAUAAGACUUUCUUUCUCCAAAAAGUUUGGUAACUUUUUCUUCACCCAGUCUGUCUAUCACCCACUGAUGCCUCCUCAACUUACCCCAGUUCCCUCUUAAAUUCCCCAGUCACACAAAGGUUGGCUCAGAGGAGGGCACAGCACGCCCAGGAGGGUUGAUAGGAACAAUCUGUAGAGGGAGGAAAUACUGAAGGAAAUUGGGUAGAAUUUACCAAACAAGGGAGCCUUCCAGAAUCCCUGGAAUACCACUGAUUAUUCUGGCAUGGGGGGACAAAGCCCUUAAAUUAAGAGGAUUGAGAAGUCAGUCCCUGUCGUGUCUGGAAAAAAUCCUGAGAUGAGCUAAGCCAAAGUUUGAAUGCAAGCCCACUAGAGGGCAGAGACAUCAAGUCCUCACAUGUGGUUAGCAGCAGAGCUGGGAUUUGAGCUAGCAGCUGAGCCCAGCCUCCUGACUCCCCUCUCCAUUAUUUCCCACCAGCCUUUAUUGGCUUUGUCCUGUAGUCUUUCUGUAAUUCCUCAGGUCAUAUCUUUCCAGCCCUCCACCAUGGUGGUCCCCAGCAUUCAGGGACUUCCUUUGUUCUUCUUUGCACCACUUGGAUCCUCCAGGAUCAUCAUUCAAAAUGAGACACAGAUAGUCUGUAGAUUCAUGGUCAAAUCACAGAAAAAGGUCAGGGUCCCGUAUAGAAAAGUAUAAUUUCUCAGAAACUGAAGAAAUAAUUUAAAAAUUAAAAGCUUACUGUUUUAAUUUGAAGUUAUGCAUGUGUGUAUAUAUGUGUGUGUAUAAUGUAUGUAUACAUGUACACAUAUGUGUAUGUAUGUGUAUUAUAUAUACACGUUUGUGUUAUAUAUGUGUGUGUUUUAUAUACACGUGUG